GAAAAUCCGCGCUACGAAAAGGUUAUUAGCAUGGCAGUUCAUCAUUUCGUGCAACUAGACUUAGAUGCCAUCAUGAUCGCGUGCAAUGCACCAGGACGUAGUGCCUUCAACCGGAUUGAACGGCGUAUGGCGCCGUUAAGCAGAGCAUUGACAGGCCUGAUACUUCCGCACGAUCACUAUGGCACUCACCUAAACAGUCAGGGACAAACUGUUGAUAUAGAAUUGGAGAAGCAGAAUUUCUCAUACGCCGGCAAGGCUCUAGCAGAAGUCUGGUCAGAUACACUUAUUGAUGGACAUUUGACUGUAGCUGAAUAUAUAAAGCCUGAACAAUCUGAUAUCGAUCAGGCAUCGAUCAUCUCGAAGGACGAAAAGUGGUGCAGCCGACAUGUGCAUCAGUCUCAGUAUUUGCUUCAAAUACUCAAAUGUUCUGACAAUCGUUGCUGUAAACCAAGGCGUAGUUCUCUGUUUCGAUUUCUGCCCAAGGACGGCUUGCCACCACCGUCGCCUAUAAUACAGUCAAACGAAGGAUUGAAACACGCCAACAUCAACGAUAUUGAAAACUAUGCGUCAUUAUUCGUGACGCUGGCACUACAAAAGAUUGGGCAUUCACAUGCCAUUUAUGACACCUAUUGUCCUUCGGUGCAAUCAAAAUUCGAUUCACGAACAUGCUCGUGCAAUCAAUAUUUCAGUUCCGUUGUCUCGAUGAAACGACAUUUGAAAGACAAUUUUAUUUGUAAAAAAAACAUAAAGAUCGUUAAGCCUGUGAAAAUUCUCGGAACACGAGGGAAUGAGUCGUUAGUUGUAGUCCGCUAUAAUGUUGAAGAAGAUGUCGAGUGGCUUCCGAGUGUGGAGGUAGACGGUGAAUUUUUAGAUAAAGACGAACAACCUUCGAGUAGUAUAAUUUAUGACAAUGAAACAAGAUUAAAACCAAUUUGGAGAACUGUUUAAUAAAGUUU